UACCUACCAUAUAUGGUAUAAAUGCAAGUACUACAACCUCCUCAAAAUCAAUUCCUAGUUCAUCAUCUCUCAUCAAUUCAAGCCUCUGGUGCGUUCAUUUCUGAUCUUCUUGUGGUGAAAUAAGGAAAUCAUGGCUUCCAGCUCCAAUAUGGUGGCUUUUCUAGCUGUUAUGUUUCUGGUGGUGCUACCCAUGUCUUCCCUAGGCUCAAAUCAUACUCAUCUUGAUGAUUUUUUUGAUAAGGUGUGUGAAGAAGUGGAAUGUGGAAGGGGAAAUUGCUCAGCUGACAUCAAUUACCCACUUGGCUUCAAGUGCGAAUGCGAAUCUGGUUGGAAGCGAACUCGUGACGACAAUGACGAUCUCACUUUUCUUCCCUGCGUGAUACCUAAUUGUACUCUUGAUUACGGCUGCCAGCCAGCUCCUCCACCGGUUCCACAAAAGGAGAAUCCACACAAUAUAUCAGCCUUUGAUCCAUGCUAUUGGGUAUAUUGCGGAGAAGGGACAUGUACCAAGAACAAGACACACACACACACAUGUCAAUGCGCCUCGGGUUACUUCAACCUUCUAAACAUUUCAGCCUUCCCAUGUUACGGUGAAUGUACAAUUGGAUCUGAUUGUUCAAGGCUUGGGAUUACAGUCCAAAAAUCUACUACAGAUGGUUCUGGUUCUGGGACAAAUCAAGCUACCUCGUUUCUGCCUGGAGAGUUCCACUGGAUAGCUAUAUUGAUGGCAUCGUUGUGUAUGGUUCUGUGGAAGUAGAAGGGUUAAUGCCAAGUAGUAAUUCAUCAUGAUCGAUCGAGAUUUGGCAUGCAUGCAUGCAUGCGUAGACACACACAUUCAUUUGGCCUCAUUGUUCAUGUUUUAAUUUCCUUAGUUCCCUAAAUUCCCUGGUUUUUUUAUGCACAAAUUAGUUUGUAUGAGUACUGAAAACAGUCAUAUAUAGGAGGACGAUGACUGUUGUAUACAACACCACAUGAUGAUGAGAAUAAAUGUUAUUUGAGUAUUGAUAGUUAA